CUCCCUCCCUAUGCAUAUAUAUUACUGUUAUAUAUACUGUUAUUAUGUUACAUUUUGUUGUUCUAUGUUUCUUUCUUCUACCUAUAUAUAAUAAUAUAUGUAUAAUAUACAUAUUUCUGUGUAAGUUCAUUUCUUGUUUCUUGUAAAAGUUGAGAAAAAGUUUCAUUUCAUCUUCUUGUUUGUUUGCUUCUUAUUUUUGAACAAUGGCAGCAUCUGGUUGUGUUCAUCACAAAACACUUAAUCCAAAAGCUGAAGAGUUUAUACCAACUCUUCAUGCAAUAGAUUUAGUCCCUUCUCUUCCUCACCAAAUUUUUCAUCCAGUAGGUAAUGAACUGGUUGUGUAUCAGCCACCACCAUCAGUACCAGUACAAGGGAAUGAGAUUGUUCCAUAUCAGCAGCAGCCAGCACCACCAGUAUUGCCACUACUUACUUACUUUCCACAGCCUUUUUACUGGAUUUGUUAUAAAGAUGUUCAUGUUCAACCUUGUUACCAGCAGCAGGUUGAGGUUCUCUCAUUACCUGAGAGAAGUGACCAUCAAGAGGAGCCAGUUAAUGAGGUGUUUCUGAGAAAAACAUGGAGAAGGUGUGGGAAGAGAGGGGCUAAAAGACUCCCUUUGCCACCAAGGUUGGUGGGAGCUGCAACUGCUGGUGAAAAAACAUGGAAGCUAAGAGGUUGUUUUAUGAGAAAACCCCAUCAAGAAGCUGGUUCUAUCAGUUCUUACAAAGCUACUCCUCUUGUUAAAGAAGGUCCCAUUUUAAGCAGCAACUUAACUACUGUGAUGAUUAGGAAUAUUCCUAAUCAGUUCAGGAGGGAGCAAUUCAUGCUAUUUGUUGAUCAUUACUGCUCUAUAUAUCAUUGGGAGUAUGAUUUCCUUUAUCUCCCAAUUGACUUUGGGCUGCAGCAUUUUGUUACACAUUAUUUUAGUUUCCUUAACUAUACUAAUGAUCUCUUAAAAGAAUUUUUUGUCAAGUCUUCUAGGGAGUACAUUUAUCCCAUGUUUAGUUAUUGGUACUAUCCAUAUUUUCAUUGUUUCUUUAUCGAUGAUCUCUUGUUUCUCUUUACAAUUUUUUUUUCUGUGUGUUUUGAUAAAUUUAGGACGAAGAACAACGUGGGGUAUGCCUUUGUGAACUUCACAUCUGUAUGUGCUGCUGCUGAAAUUCGGAAAGUUCUCAGGAACUUCAAGUGGCAUGGUGUCAUGACUCCCGCUGGCAUUUACUCGUCAAGGAAGAUUUGUGAAGUUACCUCUGCUCGCAUUCAGGGAAAGGAACACUUGGUGAAGCACUUCUCAGGGUCGAACUUUGUGUGUGAGACGGAUGAAUAUCUUCCGGUUGUUUUCUCUCCUCCGAGGAACGGUUCAACUAGGUUGACAAAGCCAAGGACUAUUGGAAAGCGGGCUGCAGUUCCUUAGCGCAAUGACGACUAAGUUACUCCAUAUGUUGCUCGGGUCCUCCAAAAAAUGCUAAAAUCCUAGCAUUUUUGGACGAGCCGAGCAACAUAUUUUAGCUUGACAGGGUUGGAAGGGUUUUUAUGUUGUUGUAGUGAUCUAUGUCACAGUGUUUUCAUUUUCUCCCCGGGGCUCGAAUCUUUCGAUGACCUGGGGUGAAAUGGAAACAUUGGAUCUCUCAUCUUGGUUGAUCUUCGAACAAACCUUAGGUUUUAUGUUAAUAGUUUGUGUUUUAAGAAUGUUGUUUGUGUGUUAGUUUUUAACUACCAGUAUUAUAUAUGUAAGGUUGCCCUUAAUUUGCAUGUAAUUUCCGAGUACUUUCUCAAUAUUAAAGAUUAUAUGAUAAGGUCCUUUCUGGGCUAUGCUUGUUUACCCACACAGUGAUAAAAGAAAGUUUACUAGCAGUACAUAUCGCGCUACCUAGCCGUAGCAUGAGCUAGUACAAC